GGAGCCGAGGACACGGCGCUGUUUUGCAACUCAAGCGGACCGUGGUUGAAUGAAAGGAACCUAUGCCAUUUCUACUACACUGCCCGCAUCAACACGCGAUGCGUCGACGUCGACAAGUGCAAUAUGGUGGCCUUCCGAUGUCCGAAAGCAAGGAUCGAGUUGACGCUGGCAGCCAUAGGAGCCCUGUUGCUCCUCGUCGCCUCUUCGAGCCUGCUCAUCUACCGGGUGUUGGUGCUGAUCUAUCCGCGAAUGGCAUAUACCGGCACGGCCAACAUCGCCAAGCGCGAGCAGUUGAGCCUCCGCAUCCAGCAGGCCUCCUUCAAGCAGGGCCAUCGUAACCCGGGAUUUUCCGGAGAUGAACCGGCAACCGGCAAACCCCACGCGGAUCCGGACGAGGGGCAGUACGUCGAGAUACGGCUUGACGAUGGGCCAGCGGAAUCCGAGCGUCGA